UGACAAGACAUUCAGUAGUAAACAUGGAGGAGAGAGAAGCACUGAAGAGGGAAAUUGAACUUUUACAAAAUCUCAUCAAUACUCACAAGAGUGUCCAUGGAGACGCUCCAUUUGCAAGAGAUGAGCAUAGGCGUCCAGAAGCUCCAACAUCAGCCCGGGGAAGAGGUCGCAGCACAUCUGUCCAUCAUCAUGACAGCUCCAGAGGGAGACAGUUAGCUCCUCACAGCCGUGGAAGUUGGAGGAAAACAUACUCCCUGAGCAACAAGAACCCCCAGUCCUCUGUAGUACACACAUCAGCUUCUACCUCCUCUGAUGGACAGUCCCAAAGUGUAUCUCACAGCACCUCACUGCCCAGUCACAGCAGAGGAGAGAAGAGGGAUACAAUCACAACUGCCGCUUCAUCAUUAGGGGAAGUCGCAACAGAGAAAAAACACAGUGAUACUCUUAGAAAAACCGGUGCAGCUGUUUAUCAGCAUGAAGAUGAAAAAGGCACUAGUGUUCAACACGAAAAGCUUCAGGGACGGACGCCAGCAAUUCAGGAUAGGACCGAAACCAGGCGUGUUCUCCUGCCUAAAGAGAAAAAUAAUGCUUCUGCCGAAGUGGCGCCUUCAGUCGAGUCCAACACCCUGACCAGUUUGCAGAGCAACCCUCAAGCACAGAUCAAACCCUCCCUGACGAGCAAAACCUGCACUGGGACUAAACUGACUGCUACUACGAUAAAAUUAGCAACUCUUACAACUGGUAAUGCCAUACCACCUCUCUCUGGGCUUUCAGAAGUAUCAAAACAACCGUCUGUCAACCCCACAAAUCAAUCCAGCAAGGGCCAGGCGGGUGCAUCUUUUAUGGAAAAUUCCAAAUUCACUUGGAUCAAAAGCCAGACGGAGAAAAAAGUGGAGCACAAACAAGCUAGCUCCAUUCCGUCACCCAAAGGCAAAGCUGUGACUGUUGCCCCGCCAUCAAUUUCAAAAGCUGGGGUCGCAGGUGCAAGCCCCCCCAUUUUGGCAAUCAGUAAGAAAACGCCUACUAAGAAGUUACCUCGAAAGAUAAGCUCCGCCAAUAUAACCCCAAAGACUUCCAAGUACAAAUGGGUCUCCUCCUCGGCUGGAACCCAGGCUAGAAUCCCUCGAAAGUCACUAUCGCCAAAAUCCAUGUUUGUAGCACAGAGGGCCGUAGAGAAGGGAGAGACGACCAAGAAACCCAGAGCAGCCUCCACUCCCUCUCCUAAGAUCAAAAAGGGAAUUGCGGGCUCCUCUCCCAACUCCUCACUGAGCAGCCGUUAUCGCUGGAAGGCUGGAGGCUGGAGUUCCUCUGCUGCAGCGACUGGAGUGGCAGCAGUAGCCCGUCGUAGAUCUGCCUUCCAUUGGACGUCUGAAAAAAACAACAAAGGCGUGAAAGGAGGGCUCGUUGUCUCCCCGUCUGUAACCCAACGCAUCUCCCUGAUGCCCUCCUCCUCGCCUGCUGGGUUCAAGCUCCGCAGCAGGAUGAAAAUCAUUCGGAGGUCUACUACUAGUGGAGCUGGUUCAGAGAAGGGGGGCAGCCCGUCAGCGGUACUGAAGUACUCCCCCCGUGGUCGGACGCACAGCAACGCCAGGAGUCCCACAGGAGGACGGAGGACGCCCUCCAGGGAGCUGGUGUCUUUUGGUAGGCACAAGUUGAGGCGGCUCUCCCCCACAUCAACAAAGACAGCAUGGGGAUCGCAGCAACCAUACAGUCCCGCCUCCUCCUCUCACCGUAGCCCCGCCUCUACUCGGGUGUUCAGGACACGCUACAAGAUGGUGACCCGCCCGGGCUCCGCCAGCACGGCACACACCCUCCACUACAACCCUGCCCUGUCUUGGAGAGCUAAGAGGAUCCAGUCUGCCAGGUAA